AUUAGAGUGUUUUGAAAGGUCAACUAACCAGAAGAAGCGUUUACUAUGUGGUUGUUUCAAAUUUUGCUCGGUUGCGGUUUGAUCGCGGUGCUUUGCGAAAGUCAAGGAUUGGUAGUCAUUGGUCCAAAAUUUAUUCGAGCAAACAAUGCAUAUAGCAUAGCCUUCAGCAAUUCAUUUACAAAUAAUCUCCGAUUGAAGCUGGAAUUGGAAGGAUUAUGGGAAGGGGUUACCGUUUCGAUUGAAACAAACGAGAUAAAACUUUCCAGCAACACAGGAAAAUAUGUGACCUUCCAGGUAGGGGCCAUUCCCGAGGCUGAAUACAGUUUAUCGGUACGAAGUCUAGAGGAUAGUUUCGUUUUUAAUGAAAUAAUUGAGUUACUGUAUGAUAAGAAAAGCUCGUCGAUCUUUAUACAAACUGAUAAACCCGUCUACACACCUGGAGAUGUUCUUAGGUUUCGGGUUAUUGCAAUAGAUGCCGAUACGCGCCCAGUGACGAGCUACAAUACUGUAGAUAUUAACCUUGAAGAUUCAAAAGAAACUUCCAUUAGACAUUGGAAGCAUGCUAAAUUGAACAAUGGAAUCUUUCAGUCAACCGUAAAUCUGCCAACUCUACCGGCCUUAGGCAAUUGGAGCUUGACGGUGAUAGCUGGGGAUUAUAAAGUGGCAAAACAAAUUGAAGUGCGAGAGUACGUACUGCCAAAGUUCUUUGUCAAAGCAUAUCCCUCUAAAAUUUUACUGAUUGACGAGAAAAAGGUUAGCGUGACUGUAUCAGCAGCAUAUACAUUCGGUGAGGCGGUCGAUGGGACUGUUCGAGUGGAUUUGUUUUUGUACGGUGAAAUGGAGCGACCUGAUAUGACAAUAAGAAACCAGGAUAUUUCCGGAAUAAUCACCGUGAAUUUUGAUUUACCUUAUGCUUUAGACAUCGAAGAUCCUUAUCUAUACCGCAGGGAUGUUUCCGUCAGGGUGGAAGUAGUGGAAACAUGUACAAAUCAUACAGUGAAUAUCGUGGAAGUAAUACCCAUAUAUAAACAUCCAUAUAGAGUUUCGUUGAUCAAGUCUAUGCCCUGGUUUAGACCCGGUUUGCCGUAUCAAGUGGAUUUAUCGAUAACGGAUCAUAAUGGCGAACCAGCACCCGAGGAGACUGUUGCAGCAAUUUUAAUAAAUUAUGAAGGGGAUUCCUUGGAGAGCGAAGUUGCAAUGCAGGCUACUCUCCGUAAGGGUCUAAUUUCACUGGGCUUAGAACCGCCAAAAAAUUCUGAUACAAUGGAAAUUCGGGUGAAAUAUAAUACCAAAGACUAUGAAUAUGUCGAUUACAUUUAUAGCAUCCCAUUGAAAAGCAACCGCUAUCUAAAAAUCGCUUUCAAAUCAAAACAAAAGAUUCGUGCUAACACUGUAGUCGUUUUCGAAAUCAGCUGCACAGAGUCUUUGGACGAUUUUGCUUAUAUCAUCACAUCGAGAGGUAGUGUGAUCACCUCGGGAUACGAAGUGCUACAAAAUAAGAAAACAACCGAUUUUAGGCUAAAGCUCACGCCUCAAAUGGCUCCUAAGGCACGACUAAUUGUUUUCAGUAUAAACAAAUUCCUAAUUUAUGACUCAAUGGAAUUGAGUUUUGACACGUUUAAUAACGAAUUUUCGUUUACCCUGGAUGCUGAAGAGUAUCGUCCAGGUCAGCAUUUCCACGUGGACGUCAAAGCCGCUAAAGAUUCUUAUGUUGCUUUCACAGCUAUCGAUCAAAGUUUAUUUUUGAUGGGCCACACAGGGCAUGAUUUAACUGAAAAAGAUGUGCUCAAUGAUUUGGCUCUGUAUGGAAGCACGGAACCAAAUGAAUUUAAUCCAUUCGAGACAAUGGGAUUGUUUUUAAAAACUACUGUUGAUGUAGAUUUCGCUUAUCCGGCACUGAAGCGGUUUGGAGGGCAUUUCCCGUUAGCCGAAAUUGUUCAAAAACCUGUACCCAUCAGGGAGGACUUUCGUGAAACUUGGCUUUGGCAAAACUAUACCAUGGAUGGCAUUAAGGAUAAACUUAUUUUCAGACACAACGUGCCAGAUACCAUCAGCUCUUGGGAAAUUUCAGGAUUUGCGCUCAGCCCCACACUAGGAUUGGGGAUCAUUAAACAACCACAAACGUUCAGCGUGAAGAAAAAGCCAUUUUAUAUUGUUCUCAAUCUGCCGUACUCCAUUAAGCGUAACGAAGUGGUUACGAUUUGCGUGAUGAUUUUCAACUUGCUGGAAAACACAGUUAUUGCAGAUGUGACACUAUUUAACGUGUAUGAUGAAAUUGAGUUCGUAGAGAAGACUUCUAAUGACACAACCCGCCGUACCAAAGCUGUACUCGUGCCAAAGUCCAAAGGCAAACCAAUCUCGUUUAGGAUUAAAGCAAAGAAACUUGGCGAAAUAACAAUCAAAGUUGAAGCAAUCAAUUUACUCGCUUCUGAUGCCGUCGAACGGAUGCUACAAGUAACCCCGGAAAGCCGACGUUACGAAGCGAAAUGGUUUGACACACCAAUCAGUAAUUUGGAGCCAUUGAUUCAUCUGCCAACUGGGAACGGAGAACAAAAUAUAGCCAAAUUUGCUUCCAAUAUCGUUAUUUUAGACUACCUUUCUGAAAGUGGAAAGCUUUCAGAAAAAAAUCGAACAAAACCAAUUGACUACUUACAAAGUGGUUAUCAAAGACAAUUGAAAUACAAGCGAUCUGACGGUUCCUUCAGUAUUUGGAGAGGUAAAGACAGCAUAGGCAGUACAUUCUUAACAGCUUUCGUAGCAAAGUCCUUUAAAAUAGCUGACGAAUACAUUGAAGUACAUAAAACGAUAGUUGAAGAUGCAUUUAAAUGGUUGGUUUCCAUUCAAACUGAGGAAGGCAGAUUCAAUGAGGUUGGCAGUGUUAUAAAUGCUGAGUUGCAAGGAGGAAUACGCUCGACGAACUAUGCACUUACGGCUUAUGUACUAACUGCCUUUUUGGAAAACAAAGACAUUGCAACAACACACCAACAAAUUGUAAACAAAACAAUAGCAUUUCUGGAGACAAAUCUGUACAACAUGACUGAUCAAUAUGAUUUAGCAUUGUCAACGUAUGCACUUUCGCUUGGUGAUCGACCGAAAAGAGAGGAUUUUCUAAAUAAACUCCUAGAAACCUCUAUAUUCGAUAGAGAACGUGUUGAACGAUACUGGCAACGGCCACCGGUUGAGGUUGAGAUUGCCGGAUACGCAUUACUAUCGUACACUGCUAUGGGCAAAUAUGUUGAUGGACUUCCUAUUAUGCGAUGGUUGCUAAGAAAUCGUUCUGCCUUAGGUGGAUUUCGUGGGACCCAAGAUACAUUCGUUGGGUUGAAAGCACUUGCCAAGUUUUCAGCAGCAACAUCAACCAAAAAAAAUGAUUAUCGAGUCAUUGUAACACACAAGCCAGAUGCACGUCAUACCUUUGACAUCGACAAUGUAAAUUCCAUGGAAGUUCUGAGUCUACCUAUACCAAACGAUAUUCGUAAGGUAAAUGUAGAAAUUACCGGAAUUGUAAUCGGGUUCUUCCAAGUAGCUUUUGAAUACUAUCAAAAUAUUAAUGUGUCGAAGCAAAGUUUUAAUUUGAAUGUAACAGUGCUAGAUACAACGACCAUUCAUGUGCAGCACCUGAAGAUCUGCGUCAGUUAUAUCCCAAACGAAGCGUACAUCCGCUCUAGUAUGGCUUUAGUUGAGGUAUUUUUCCCCAGCGGAAUGAUCGUAGAUACGGAAGGAGUGGAAGAUUUGUCUAAAAAAAUUAGGAAAACUGAAUUACGAUACGCUGCCACCUCGGUAGUUGUUUACUAUGACGGUCUAGGACCGGAAGAGAAUUGUUUCAUAGUGACAUCCUAUCGCAAAUACAAAGUAGCAUUACAUCGACCAGCUUACGUUGUUGUCUAUGAUUUUUACAACCAAGAUAGUUUUGCUAUUGAAUCGUACGAAGGAAAAGUGAUGCAGCUCUGCGAUAUUUGUGAAGACGAAGACUGUCACACAUUGUCUUGCUGAGGAAAACGACAAAUAAAAUAUGUUAUGAUACAGAAAAUAAAAUAUUCAUAUUCAUCAAAUAAAUUGCAACUACUCUGUUGAGCAUUUUAGUGGAAUUAGU